AUGUCCUCGGAACGAAUGGCGGAAGCAGCAGACCUUCAGGGGAACCGAGCCAAUCAAGGCAAGAAAACGUAUGAGGCUUACCAGAUGGAUGAACAUGAUGACAAUCACCAGGCUGCCUUUAUGCAGGAGACCGACUCCCUGGAGUUUGACGAGGAGCAGAUCUUCCAGCUUCUUGCAGACCAAGGUGACGAAGAUGCGGUGUUCAUCUCGGACUUUGAGGAUCAGAUUGUGGACGCCAUCCAAGACCAUCCGGGCUUAUCCCAAUGUUUCCUGAGUUAUCAGGAGGCUCGUGCCAAAGUGAGGGAACGAGCCCGGGCCAGGGGUUUCUGGCCAGUGAAAGGGAAGACGAAAGGAAAAGGAGGCAAAAAAGGAAAGCAGCCAUGGACAUCAACCAGUGGAUCGUCGUGGGCACCUGGCCGACGACGUUCCUUGGCGGAUCGUAUCGCCAAUUCCACGUGUCGGGCAUGUGGACAGCCCGGGCACUGGAAGAGGGAAUGCCCAAAUCGGCCAGAUGUCAAAAAGAAUGAGGCCACCAACGUCACUGAGGAGAUCCACCCUGGCACCGACAACGUCGCCGCUGACAUCUUCGAGGUGAUUUCUGAGCUCCCGGAAGAUGCAGUCUCUUGGAGCCAGGAGGAUGGAUCAGAGUGGAAGUGGUUCCUGGUCAAGCAGUAUCCCGAGACGGCGCCGGCAGAAAUUCAGCGUCCACCGGGGAUCUCCACUCUCCGAGAGUGGGGUCAGCUGAAGAUUCCAUCGGGGAAGUUUGGGGGCAAGACAUUCGAACAGGCACACAGCGACCUAUGCUAUGUUCGACAGAUGUGGAAUCGGAAGGCGGUAUCCGCCUGGGUUCGAAGCUUUCAGAUGUACUGCAGAGCCAGGAGUCAGGCCACAAGCGAGUAUGCCUACAAGAUGAAGGAGCAGGGCAUCGAGGUGGACCUGGUCAGACUCCAGACACAGGUAUCAAGGGUGGCCGCCAGCAGUUACAGUGCCGGGCCCAAGCCGAUCGACAAGCCCAAGACCCCGAUCACGGUGACACAGGGAAAAGACAAUGCAGGAGAGUGGAUCAACAUCGAAGAGGAGGUGAAGACAACAAGCGAGCACAGUCGAGCUCCCAAGAGGGUGAACUCCAAGCCAAAGGCCACAGCCAUGGCUCUGGAGCCCAAUCCCACGCGAGUUCAGGAGAUUCGCACCCAGAUUGCGAUCCUGGAGCGGGAGCUUGCUCGAGAAGCUCUGAUUCCCGAAGAGGAGGAACUGCGCCGGACGAGGCUCCGUGUCCAAAGCGGCAACGGCACUCAAUUAAAGGGCCACCUCGGGGAUCGGAUAUCCCUGUUGCAGCUCCAGCAUAUGGUGAUUGAUAAAGGACCACCGGAAAACUGGAUUGUCCCCAAAAGUGGUCCCAAUUUUGAGAGUUUGGAGCCUGAACAGAAGUCAGAUUUGCGAAAGGUUCAUGCGAACUUGGGACAUCCACACCCGGGGAAACUUGCCAAAUUCCUCAGUGAACAGGGUGCUGACGAAGCCGUGGUGAAAGCUGCACGACCUUGUAAGGUUUUGUAUCUGGAUCCUGCCGGUGAAUACAUCAAUGACCAGUGGCAUGAUUUCGCCCAAAAAGAGGGCAUCAAACUGCCGGUUGCAGCCGGAGAAAGAGACAGUAACACUGCAACACACAGUUUGGCAGAAAGUGAUACCACUGAAGGAAUCCUCUUUCGUGAAAGUCUUCGGAGGCGCGAAUGCGCUCGAAAAGCCUUCCUGACCGCUGACAAUAACAGAAGGAUCAUGGAUGAACAGAUCAAGCCAGCUUGUAAGAAUUUUGUUCAACUUGAGGGUGUCCCCGAAGAGGAGGAAGAAACCUCCAUGUCCAGCCCAGUGAGAGGAAUUCCUGGCAGUGCCGCUGAUGGAAGUCAACCAGAAGGUGAGAUCUUCCCGUCUGCGGCCCCGUCAUCCGUGUCGCCGUGCCCAUCUAUUUUAGAUGACAGCCCCGAAAAUCCAGAAGAAGGUCUGGACUUCAAUGCCCCAAUUGAAACACCGGUUCCAGAGGAUGUUGAAGAAUGUUUGGUAAGUGAAUCCCCCGAACUACUGGAAUGGUUCUUCUACAUGCUGAGAGAUUCGGAACCCUUCGAUGUGGUGGCCGUGUCUCCGGAAUGGUGCAUCACCAUCAACGGCCACUUCAGCAAACAUUGGGCAGAGGUCUUGGCACCUGGUGAAGAGGCCUGUGAAUCCAUUCAGUUCGUGGCGGGCUUGGCACUGCGUGACACCGAGGUUGUGGUCAGCUAUGGCAUCAAUGACUGCGAGUCUGAUUUGCUUCCACUAGCGCUGGGAGAGGUGAAAGACCGUGAGGACACUACGCCCAUGGCGCUGGACAAUCUGAGGUAUGGAAACUUCAGACCUACGACGGUGGUGCCUGAGGCGAGGAGUCUGCCGGGCUAUGGAGGACAAGUUGAGGAGUGGGCCAACUAUAAGUUCCAGGUGCAGGCCAUCGAGAUGAAGGAGUCACAGAUGAGUGAAGGUGAGAGGAAGAAGCUUGGAGGACUGGCUUUGAGGCUGACUGAGAGGCUCCAAGGGCCGGCUUUGCAGAUCGCAAAGACCUUGGGGAUCGAGGAGUUGGCAAAGCCUGAUGGAGUCACCAAGCUGAUGAAUGCCCUGGAGACAGACCUACUACCACUACGCCGACAAGCCGCAGUGGAGCUCUACCAAGCCGGAUCUAUGCCUGGCUUGCUGAGCCGACAGAACGCCGAGCCGAUGGCAUCAUAUGUGCUGAGAAGGGAAGCUUGGUGGAACCAGUUGACCGAGCUUGACAAGGAGGUCAAGUGCAGCCAAGCGAUCUUAGGAGAGCAGAUGCUGACACAGAGUGGACUCACGUCCAUGGAGCAGCAACUGGUGAGAUCGGUGAUGAGCAACGAUCUCAGCGACCUCAAGAAGUUGGCAGCAACGCUGAGAGACCAAUUCGGAGCGGUACAUGACAGGGAGAAGAGAAAAGGCAAAGGAGAUCACAAAGGCCGAUGGGGCUGGGGACAACGAAGUUCCUACAUGGCGGAGUCCUAUAUGGCUGAGGAUGAGAACCCUGUUGUGGCCGACGAGACCCUUGAGAAUGCCGAGUAUGAUGAGGAGCUCUACGAUGAGAACUAUGAGGAGAUGCCAGAAGGACCUGAGGGGACACAGCUGGAAGAGGACUUGGAGUUGAUCUACGACACUGUGGAGCACGAGACAGCUGCGUUCUACUCGAGGCAGCAGGCAGCUCAUCAAGGCUACUCAGUUCCUGCGAGCAACAGCUUGUACCAGUCCACCAACAACCAGACACCACAGGAGAGGCAGGCCAAGGUUUUGGCUGCGAAGCAGAGGACGAGGUGCAGAGCUUGUGGACAGCAGGGACACUGGCAACGAGACUGGAUCUGCCCGAAGAGAAAAGGAGGAUUCAAAGGCAAAGGCAAGAAUAAGGACAAGGGCAAGGUUCAGAGCAAGGGGAAGAACGAUGGCAAAUCAUCGCCGAGCUCUACGAGAUCGACAUCGGGAUCACCAAGCAAGCCCAGGGUUGUCUACUUCUCAGUGAGAGACAGCCACCAGGAAGAACCCUUUGCGGGGAUGGUUCAUCGCUAUGAGCCUUCCGGUCCAGGGAACCCAGGAUUGGAUGAUGUAGAUCAGAGAAGACUUGAGGAUGAGGUGCGAAGGCUGAUGACCUUGCCAUCAGAGAGGUUGGAGCAGGAGUUCCAACAGGAGCUAUACUACAUGCCACCACAGGGCAAGGCAGCAGCACGACCACCUUCAGGAAGUCUGGUUCCUGAUCUGAUGAUGCAGAUGCAUCACCCCAAGUCGCCUGGCUUCUACGUGCAUCAGGCGAGAGGAUCGACUGAGGAGACUAUGGAAUUCUCAGCUGGCGAAGUGCCAAUUCCAGAGACACCUAGAGGAGACAGCGGUUGCCCACAUGAGAACACGACAAGAAGAGGAUCGAAUGCCUACAUAGACAUGCUGACCUGCAAGGACUGUGGACUGGUGAUGCACAAGGAGAAGAAGUCACCAGUGACCAAGGACAUCAGCAUGAGGCAGAUUGAUCCGCAGGACACUGCCGAAGGCAACUACACCUAUGUCGUCUCCACCAACGACGCCACUGAGGACCUCUACGUCGACAAUGCAAGAUGCAGUGUUGUUCACAUCUGA